AUGGAGGGCACAAUUCGGGAUUGCAUUAUCCAGUACAGACGGCUGUUGCCACACUGCCAAGACCUUUUGAAUACGUGUUUGAGCAAGAAUGUGGAGAAAACAAGCGAAGAGUAUAUAACAUUGAAAGCGUAUAUGAAGAGACUUGAACAGAUCUAUGAGGAGUUUUCCUCUUGUGUACGCGAAAGUCCGGGAAACUUAACGGAAACGCAAAUCAGUUCUGUGUCACAAUCCUUAAAUGAGAUCAAAGCAAAAGUUGAGCAAUUCCAAUCGGAGCCUGUAAAGAAAGAGAAAGAUUCCACCGAAGAAAAACAAGUUAUGGAGCAAUCUCCACCUCCACCGCAAGAAGCGUCUCCUGCUAGAAAGCAGAAAGAUGAAUUCGAGUCGCUGACGCUAAGUGAGAUGCGCAGAUUGCUCAAAUUGGAUGCAAUCAAUGAAAAGCAUUCAACGGAUGCAGAUCAAGCCAUCCAUGAUGCAAUCCUGGAAGAAAUCAACAAUAGCACGUCUCAACUCUAUAAUAUGGGGAACGAAUUGCACCAGCGCGUGGUUCUGAGUAAUCAGAAAAUUGACGAGAUGCAAGACUUGCAGGAGCGGAAUAUCACUUCUGUGAAUAAAGAGAACAAAAAGAUUGGCGAGAUGACCUAUUCUUCGUGGUGUUCCAUUUUUUACCUACUUCGGAUGAUGGCUCUGGCAUUACUGCUGUUUAUUGUUGGAAUUGUACUUGUUGCUCUGUUUUAA